AUGAAAGUAAAAACUGCUAUUCUACUAUAGAUAAUAUAUAAUAAUAAAUAAAUAAAACUAAUUAGAAUACUUUAAAAUUAAGAUAAGGAGAUUAUUAAUAACAAUAAUAAUACAUUAGCUAAUAAUUUAGUCUUUAAUAAAAUAAUAAAUAAUAAUUAAAAAAAGAAUAUUUCGAAUUUCUUAAACCUAUAGGUUAAGGUGUUUUUGGAACUGUAUAUAUGGUUAGGUAUAUUUUUUUUCAUAAUAAUAAAAUAAAAAUAUUUAAUUGAAAUAAAAAAAAAAUUAAGAAAUAUAAAAUCAUAAAAUAUAAAUGCAUUAAAGGUAAUAGAAAAGAAAAUUAUAAAUUAAAAUAAUAUGCUUUAAUAAUUAUAAAGAGAAUUAAAUAUUCAAUUUAACUUUUGCAAGCAUAAGAAUAUUCUUUAGUGUAAUGGAUAUUUUGAAGAUGAUAAUUAUUUUUAUAUUGUUUUAGAAUAUGCAAAUGAUGGAAAUUUAGCUUAGUUAUUAUAAAAAAGCUAAAAUAAUUUUUUAUAAGAAAAAAAUAGUGCAAAAAUUAUAUAAUAGUUAUGCGAAGCUAUAAAUUACUUACAUAAUUAAAAUAUUAUACAUAGAGAUUUAAAAUUAGAAAAUAUUUUAAUUUAAAAUGGUACAAUUAAAUUAUGCGAUUUUGGUUGUGCUGCAUUUUCUGAUGUAAAUGGAAACAUAAGAAGAAAAUCAUUCUGUGGAACCAUAGAUUAUGUUGCUCCUGAAAUGAUUGAUGGCUAAAUUUAUGAUAAGGAAAUUGAUGUUUGGGCUUUGGGAGUAAUUUGCUAUGAAUUGAAUUCAGGAUAUCCUCCUUUUAGUAAAAACACUGAAAAAGAAACUUUUGAUGCAAUAUAAAGAGUAUAAUUUCUUUCUUUUUUUUAAAAAGAAAAUAAUUUAUAUAUUAAUUUAAUAUUAAAUAAUUAUUUUAUAAAAAAGUUAGAUAUUAAUUAUCCUAAUCAUUUUUCCUAAAAUCUUAUUAAUUUUCUUUAAUAAAUUUUUGUUGUAAAUAAAAAUUAAAGAUGUACAAUAUAAGAAUUGUUAUAACAUUAAUGGUUAUUAAAAUUUUAAUAAAAUUGA